AUGACAAGCGGAAACUUUUCUAUGAUUCUUUUGAAUAUCGCUCUUGUCCUUUUUGGUAUAAGUUAUUCGGAAAGAGAUGGAUCAAAUAAUAAUACUUUAGAAACAAAUUUAAAUAAUAACACAGGGAGGGGAAAUCUUGAUUCUCAAAAUUCUUUAUUAUUUAAAGAUGAAUAUAAUGCUGAUGACUUUUAUUUGAAUAUUCAAGAUGAUAUAUUACAAGAAUCUAACAAUCCACAAGUGUAUAAUCUAAAAGGUCCCAGAGGAGGAAACCCAUCACAUGAUCAUAUACUUAAGGAACGUCCUUUAAAAAUAUUAAGAGGACAAUUAUAUGUUCAACGAAGAAAAUUGUUACAUAUGAAGAAAAAAGUAGAUGAAAUUCAUAAAACCUUAAGUCAGAGAUUGGAAAAAUUUUGUACACUUCCAGAAAGAGGAUACUCUUUCCAUAAUUUUGCAAAUGUUGAUGAUGGAGCUAAUGAUAUAUAUGGCAUGUCAUAUGAAAACAACACGGAGUACAGUAAUGUGAUAAUUUAUAGUAGACAAAUCAUAAAAUAUUUGAAUCAAAAAAAGCAUACUAAGGAAGUUUACACUAGUGCAUUCUUACCAACUAUACAGAAAAAUAUAGCACUUCAACGUUAUAUUAAAAAUACAAUUGAUGAAUGUUUAAAUUUAAUAGAAUUUAUUCAUAAAAAAAAAGGAAAAAUUGACAAUAUAGGAGAAUAUUUGAAAGAAAACAAUACAAAUACCUCUGUGGCCUUAUAUUCACAUGAUAAUGGAAGUAAUGGUAUUUUUAGCAGUACAACAGCUAAAAUAACUUUUGGUAUAUUAGGUUGUUUACUUGUUAGUGGUGGUAUAGCAUUUGCUUUUUAUUAUAAAAAAAUAAUGCUCAAAAAUUGA